ACUGGGACAGGAAGUCAGCAUCUUGUCAAGAGGUCCUAUUUUUUUCUUGAGUUUUUUCCAACCAGAUUUUUUAUUUUAUUUUAGUUUAUUUAUAUACAAGAUGAUACAUUAGCCUGAAUUGAUCUUGCCCGAAACGUUUUGCGUAAUGGUGGCUUCAUUAGUACAGGAAUGAUGUCGGCUGAACCAGACUAUGGAGCUGCUCUUGGGCUCAUCAAACACCUUCCUACAGAGGAACUUCGUGAUCUUGUGAACAAUGAUGAUAAACUUUCAGAACUUAUGAAGGACUUACCACAGAUGAAGAACUUAGCAAGUGAACAAGAAAUGUUACUGGCAGCUAACAAAUCCUUGGCAGAAUUUAAUUUAUCUCUCGAGCCUAAAUUGUCACAGGCAAAGCAGAACCUAAUCUCAAAAUAUGAAGAAGCUGCUAAGUUGUCUGAAGAGGUUAAUGCAUUGAAAGGAGAAAUUGAUUCCACAAGUGGGCAGUACUCUGCUGAUACGCUCCAGGCCUUGUUACAGACUGCUGCACAUGAGAUUGAAGAAGAAACUGAGAAUUUGGUCCAGUCAUUCCUUGACAAAGAACAUGAUGUAGAUGACUUUUUGUCUAAAUUCCUUUCGAAGAGGAAGACUGCGCACUUAAGGCGGAUCAAGGCAGAGAAAAUUGAGGACAUUUUAAACAAGCAAAGUAGUGCACACAGCUCACCAUACCCUUCUCAGCCUUCCACUGGUGGUGGUGUUGGAUAUGGAGCCAAUCAGUGGUCAUCACCAUACCCCACACAGCCCAUGAAUAUGCCCAUGCCUGGGUACCACUAAGUUUGUGGGUAAAACCUACUAAAAUAAAAUGUGGUCUAGUUUUUAAGUUCCUUGUGGUGAUCAACAUUUGUUAUAACUCAUGGUGAACAACCUUGUCAUUGUUAUUUUCCAUCAUGUAAACAGCAUGGAACCCUUUGAAUAAUGAGUAAUUUUUUUUUUUUUGGGGGGGGGGGGGAUGGAGGGAGGGAGAGCAAUUUUUAAACUGUAAAAAAAUAUCAUAUACUGGUCAUAGAAAAACUGUUUUUUCAUAAAUAUUGUAUGUCAAAGGUAGUAGCAUGAUAAUCUUCAUAUGAAUACUGUAUACUGAAAUAUACAGUAAUGCUAAAAUGCCACUUUGUGUGUGUGUGUAGGAAUAGAUACAGUCAAGCAUACACACUUGCCUACACACAACCAUGCACCUGUAAACAAGUGUGAACUUGAACAAUACACAAACACCACCCCCGCACACAAAUACAGUAUAGUACAGCCAUGAAUAGCUUAACCAGUUUUAAUAUUUGGGCCCUAGGCCUAAAUCCCAACAUAAAAUAACAUACAAACAAAUGCAUGAACAGUUGCACAUACAUAAAACAAUCACUGUAUCUUGCGCUAACCUGCUAACUACAAAGUUAUCGUAAAUUACCUACAUACAAUACAGAAAAUACUUGAUACAGAUGUUCAGUAAGGCAAAUUAAUUACAGGUACAUAUGAUGGGCAAUUGUUUUGGUACUGCAAAGCCUCGUUUUUACUUCAUAUCUUUAUGAUUGGUUUCAAAGCACGAAGUUGAUAAUACAUAAGGUUUUAAGGUUCAACAAAACCCAAGUUGUACAUAGUGCAUUGUUUUGCAUGUUUGAAUAUGGAAUGUGUAACAAGACAUUGUUUCUCAUUCCUCAAGUCUAACUUUUACAAUGUAAGUGUAAAUUAUUGUGCAUGUUGAGAAUAUACUAUAUCUUAUUGCAAUUGAGACGUGGUUUUCUAAUACAUUAACCAGAUAACAUUUGUUUUUCCUAGAACUUUUAAUUCCUUAUUUGUGCUGAUCAAAUGUGUGCCUAAUUAUUUUGAGAUACAAAACUAGAGUAGCAGUGUUGUUAUACAGGACACUGAGAAGUCUAUGAAGUACAGUAUAACAAUACUACCAUCAUGUAGUGACCUUCAGUCACUUCUAAAUGCUAGUUCACCUGGAUAUUACUGUAUGGUAUAUGUUUUACUUAAUAUUUUAUGGUGAACAAUGUGCAGCAGUAAAUGUCCACUGUUACAGGAAUUACAGACUGACAGACUACUAAGUACACUGGCAAAUCAUUCAUUCUUUGCUUUGGUAAACUACAGGGUAUGUAUAGUGAAUAAAUGAUAAUACUGUAUAUACUGAAAAGUAUUGUGAUACACCACUUUCCAGAUCAGCAAGACUUGUUAUACUAUACAAUUUUAUACUAGACAGGUUAAUUGUUCUUUAGUGUUAUGAUCAUGUUCUGUGUUGAUAAGUUUAUAACUGGCAUGGAGCUGUUCUUAACUAAAGAUUUCAUUGGCAAAUAUUUGAUGAGAUGCAGUAUAUAUAUAUCCAUAAUUAUACAUACUGGUAAGCUUAAAAUGCUAAUUAUAUAAAUUUAUAAUACUGUAGAAAAUACCACUUAGAGACUUUUACAAGCAAAACAUUAUCUUCAUUAUGAGGGUUAUCAAAUGUAACAUCAUCAGGUCUUAAUGCCUACAAGGAAACGUAACCUAGACGAGGAAUUACAUUUUAAAAUGUACUUUUUUUUUAACAAUUUGACAUUCAUCACCAGUAGCAUUUCUCAGUACCAAAUUACCACCUUUCCAUAAUACUGUACUGACUUUAAAUUUAAUAGUUUCCAAAUUUAAACAUGAUUUUCCAUUAGCAUGGCAACUAUAAUGAUAACCUCUCAUUUGAUUUGAUUUAUAGCGUCCUAACAUUAGUUUAUUGUAGCUUUAUAAACUCCUUACUGCAUAUGCACUUGUGUAUAACAAUCAUUUUGCCCAUUUGAAAAUUUGCCAACAAAUUAUGUGCAUAAUUGUGGUUUAACAAAAACAUGCUGGGCUUUAAAACUGCCCUUAUAAAUUGUCACUAUCAUCUCUACUAUCAAAUUUUGUUUAACACUGCCGUACAAUACUGCACUCUAAUUUGUGUGUUUAUGUUCAGUGGUGCUGCAGAUUUUACACACUUCUUCCUAUUGUUUUCUUCUUUGAUAUGUUUGGCAUCCUUAAAAAUCAUAAAAAUUAAUCAUUAGACGUGUAUAGAAUAUUCAGCUAUCAGUCACUACAAUUCAUUUGAACAACAGAAAAUUUCAGUAUUGAAUUAGUUCUGUAAUAACUACUAGAAAAAUAUUAAUUGUAGAAUGUUUUAUUCCUCAUGUCUGGCUUCUUUUGAUCUUCAUAGUCAUUUUUCCAUGUUAGUAAGCAAAUACCUCUCAGUAUCUCUGAUUAACAAGACAAAAUAUAAUUUGCAAAAAAUAUUUUGUAAAUUAUAAUAUUUUAUUUUUGGCAAAAUAUAAUUUGCAAAAAAAGUCUACUCUUAAUGUUUCUUUAUAGCAUUAUGAACAUUUCAUACUCUAUAUUCAACCAAGAGUAAUCAUGUCUACAAAUGCAGUUUAUGGGUUCAUAUUUAAUAUUACAUAUCCAGGUAUUAAGUUAUUAAACACUCAGAAGUUUUGUAAUCAACUUAAUAUUUGGCGCACAGUUCAUUAAUUCAUAUUUAUAUUCUGUUGCCUGUGAAUAUGAUUUAAUGCUGUAUGUUAUACAAAUUCUCGUAUAUUAAAACUUUAGAGAACAUAUUGCUCAAAUUUUACAAAACUUGCAGACACAGGCAGUAAAAUGUUAACAAAACAUAGUACUGUACAGUAUAAUUAUGGUUUCACAACAGUUUGACUGUGCUGAUUCAAAGGGGGUAUGAAUUGUUGUAAAAAUUAGUCAUGAAACAAGGCCACAUAUUUCUUGUACAGCAGAAUUAAGAAUAUAUAAUAGCUGAUACUCUAAUAACAAUGUUAAAGUUUUUAUAUAAUGUAGCUUAAAUAAAUUCUGUAUAAUAUA